AUGGAGAGGACGCUGCAUGCGGACGUUGAAAUCGUUAAUGAGACCCCGGUGGAGGAGAUGGUGCAAGCAGAUGCCGGAAUUGCGCCGGAUGGACAUGUCCACACAACGCCGUCAGUACAGGCUAUCCCACCAUCCCGCCGGACGUAUGCCCAGAGCGUGUCUGGCCAGAUCGUGCCUUCUUUCCAGCGCCCCGGCGAUGUGAAGGAGACGGAUCCGAUGGAAUCUUUCGACGAGCAGGAUGAUGAUCCCUUGUGCCCCACCAUUCGUCUGACACAGGAGGAACUGGAGGCGAUCCGGGCGCCUUGGAGGAAAACUCUGAUCAUCAAGGUCAUGGGCCGGCGCGUUGGAUAUGCGUAUUUGUUGAGAAGGCUCCAGACGAUGUGGAGACCAAAGGCGAACAUGGAUCUUAUCGCCAUCGAUAACGAUUACUUUCUUGUCCGAUUUGGAGCGGUGGAGGACCUGGAAUUCGCGAUGUUUGAGGGGCCUUGGAUGAUCAUGGAUCAUUACCUCAUAGUCCAGCCAUGGAAGCCAGAUUUCGACCCCUUUGCGGACAACACGGAGAAGGUGCUCGUGUGGGCACGGAUUGCCUGUUUACCUGCUGAGUACUUUAAUAUCAUCUUCCUUCGGAAAUUGGGAAACAAGGUCGGACGAUCGAUCCGCGUUGAUCAGGCCACGAGCCUAGUGUCACGAGGCAUGUUUGCCCGAAUCUGUGUGGAGGUCGACAUAACAAAGCCGCUAAUAUCCAAGUUCAAUUACAAAGGUCAGGUUCGAUCUGUGGCAUACGAAGGUAUCCACAUGGUGUGUUUUACAUGUGGAAUAUAUGGCCAUGCCGCUGAGGCAUGCCCAACGCUGCACAAGCCGGAGCAACCCCCUGCGGGAAACCAGGAGGGCGAGCCAGUGGGUGGAAGCACGGCUGCGAACCAAGCUGAACAGAGUCGCCCGGGUGUCCAGGUUGGGACUGCGCCAUUCGGAGCGUGGAUGAUAGCUCCUGGCCGACGACCACGGGGCAAAGCAAAGCUGCCGGAUAAAGCCCAGAAGACGUCAACUGGUCGAGAACAAGAGCCCAGAGCAAAGCACGAUGGACAGCCCCAGGCAUCUCGUUUUGCGCCGCUUGUUUUGCAGGAUGACGUUGGCGAUCAGAAUGAGGCGGACCAUGUGGAGGAGGCAGUGGAGGAUACUGGUGGGGAUGAUAGCGUAGUACCUGUGGAUGAAGCGGGAAGGACGUCUGUGGGUGAGGGCAUGGCAGCGCGCCGUGGGAAACAAGUGCAGGCAACAGGAAAAGACAAGCAGCGUAGGCCUAAUGUGAUUGCAAGGGAAAAACAAAUCGUGAAUGCUCCGGUAACACUUCAUCGCCAAGCACCUAGUGUGGCAGCGCCAUCGGUCAGUGUGCAGAGGAGUAACGGGGGAAGCUCGAGGCGAGCAGCGGAGGCACCCCACCAUGUCGUUGUACGUGGAGAACAAGGUGGUCUGGUCAUCAGUUCUCAACGGGUGUUCAAUGGUGAGACAAGCGGCGACAUCCCAUCUCCCGUUUGGCAACCCACAGGAGAACAUCACGAUGACCCUCCGGACUGUCUCGAUGACGAAGGAGAUAUUGUAAUGGAUCGCGAGGAGGUCCCGGGGCAGGGUGGCGCGCAGGGUGCUGAGGACGCUGUUUGA